UUCCUGCUCCAAUUUUCCUCACCUUCAUUUCCAACCUUGUCGUUCAUUGCCUCACAAACGCGAUUAUGUACUCCACACUCCUCUCCCUGGCUCUGUGGUACGCCACAACCUAUGCUGCCCCUGCCCCAACUUCGACUUUCUCUUCUACCGCUAUAACCACACCCACUGGACUCUCUGCACCGUACUCUGCCAUUCCUGCAGCGAUUUGUGACCCCGACAAGUCCACCAACCCAGCCACCACUUCACUCAAACCCGACCAAUAUCCCCAAGAAUUCCUAGACGCCAUGAAAACCUACUGCGACCCAGAUAACUGGAAAGGCUCCUACAUAGCCCCAAAUUGGGUAUUCGCAUUGGCGACUUACAACAAAGUGUCCGAGCAAGAUUGCAAAGCGGGCUUCAUGAGCGUCUUCAGCACUUGCAUGAUGAAGGACUUGAAAAAGUCCGGCUCGGUCGUAAUAGGCCAAGACCGCUUCGAAAUCAAAGAAACUUCCGCUGCUGUUCCUUCAAGCGGAUUAUCAUCUGUCACGACUAGAUCGCGCAAGGCAGCUUCUGCUACGACUACCGGCGUGUCUCUGACUAGAGUAUCGAGCGAAGUCAAACCCUCGUCCUUCGUUAUCUCGAUCCCGAGUAAGAAUGCCGUUACUACAUCCACGUCGUCGGCUACACCGUCCGCGCAACCCACCGCUUCAGGGUCCCCAGGGAACCUCGUGUGCGACGACAAGAUAUCUCCUCAGACCGAAUAUCUGCAGCUCCGCCCAGAGGAGAACCCCGAAUACCUCGAGGCCGUGAAAGCGCUAUGCGGCUCCGCCGCCGGGAAUAAACAUAAAACCGCUGCGUGGGAGUAUCAGAUUGUGGGUUCGGGUUCGGCAAUACCAUCCGUUGAUGAAUGCAAGGCAGGGUUCCUCAGUGUUCUGAAGACUUGCAUCGUGAGGGAUUCGAAGAGUGGUGGGAAGUUCGUGUCCACGCCGUAUACUUACCAGAUCAAGGCUUUGCGUCCGUGA